AUGACACAGACAGAUAUCACUUCAUUAUUGAUCGUCAACAAUAAUAAUAACAACAACAAUGAUGUACAGAUGUCCAACAACAAUGAUGAUGAUCAAUCAUCAUCAUCACCAGCAAUGCCAACAACAACAACUACGACUACAAACUAUAUAGCGUCAACUACAACGACUUCAACUACAACACCAACAAAGAAGAGAAAGAAGUUGACAGAGGAAGAGGUUAAACAACGUGAGGAUGAGAAGAAGAAGAAGCGUGAUGAUAAGGAAGAGGAGAAAAGAAAGAGAGAAGAGGAGAAAAAGAAAAAGGAGGAUGAGAAGAAGAAAAAGGAUGAGGAGCGUGAAGCUGAGCGCAAGAAGAAGGAGGAUGAGAAGCGUCGCAAGGACGAGGAGAAGCGCCAGCGUGAUGAAGAGCGCGAGAAUGAGCGAAAGAAGAAGGAAGAGGAGAGGCGCGUAAAGGAUGAGGAGCGUGAGAAUGAGCGCAAGAAGAAGGAGGAAGAGAAGCGCAAGAAGGAGGAGGAGCGCGAGGCCACCAAGAAGAAGCGCGAGGAUGAGCGACGCCAGCAAGAGGAGGAACGCAAGCGACUGCAAGAGGAACAGGAGAAGAAGCAACCCAAGCUGACACAGUUCUUUGCCGUCAACACGGAGCACGCGCCAAAGCAUCACCAGGCCAAGUCGGACGCGUUCAUCCAGCCCGUCGAGCUGCCGCCCAACUCGGAGGUCUACACAUUCAAGCAGCGUCACCACUCGGACGCGAAGCAGUUCGACCGGCUGGUGCGCCAGCAGGACACGCCCGUGCACUUUGACGCACGCACCUACUUCAACCAGAAGCAGCUCAUCACGCCAACGUUGCGCUUCCGCGUGCGCGCGCUGCCUGGCUCGGUCAUCAACCCAGAGCUGAUCGGCCGUCUGUCGCGUCUGAAGCUGCUCAAGUUCCACGACAAUCAGCGACCGAGCUACUUUGGCACAUUCUCACGAGCGACCAAGUUGAUCAAUGGUCGCAAGCCAUUCUCCAAGGACACGCACAUGUUUGAUUACUCCUAUGACAGUGGCGAUGAGUGGGAGGCUGACGACGAGGAGGCCGAGAACAUCGCGUCGGACGACGAAGUCGAGUCCGAAGAGGAAGAGGACGACGACGAUCAGAACUGGAUCGAAAAGGACGAAGACUCGGCGAGUGACAAUGAAGAUCACAUGGUAAUCAUACCAAGUACAACACAUACACAAACUCAAGGUGGCGGAGACAAAGACAACAAGAAGAAGAAGAUAAAGAGGAAUGAGAGGAUAAAGAAGAAGAGAAUGAUUAUCAUUGAUCCUAGUGUGGAGACGACCGCCAACGAUCCAUUCCUGAUGGACAUCUACAAGACAUUCACAGUGGAGUCACUCGUUGGCGAAUGUCCAAUCAUCAUUGCCGACCUCCUUGCCAAAUCAGCCAGCCACUCCACCAAAGACAAGAAAGACACAGACUCCAAGCAAGCAUUCCCCGUGGCAGCGAUACCAAUGCUCAUUCAAUUUGUUAUGGCCAACAAGAAAAGACCAGCAAAGGUCAUUGGAAAGAUGAUAUUUGAUACUUAUCCAGGUAUUAAGAGGAAGUUGAUAAUGGAGAAGAUUGGGGAGACUUGUGUACAGACUGGAGGAGUGUGGUCAGUGAAGGAACAGUUUGAACAUGACCUGCAGGCUACACUGGACGAGAAGUAUCCACUGCCAAUCAUACCCGAAGCACUACUGGCCACUGACCAUGCCAACAAUACAACACCAUCACAAUCACCAUCCAAAGCCAACAACAACAACAAGAAGAAACAGUCACCAACCAAAAAGAAGACCAACACUCCUGUACAGUCCAACUCACUACUGAGCUAUUUCACCAAGUUACCAACACCCUCCACAACUUCCACAACUUCCACAUCAACUACUACCUCCUCUGAGGACAUCACAAUGUCAAUCAAUGACAACUAG